AUGAAGGACCAUGUGAUCCCCCAUGAAGGACCAUGUGAUCCCCCCAUGAAGGACCAUGUGAUCCCCCAUGAAGGACCGUGUGAUCCCCCCAUGAAGGAGCAUGUGAUCCCCCAUGAAGGACCGUGUGAUCCCCCCAUGAAGGAGCAUGUGAUCCCCCAUGAAGGACCGUGUGAUCCCCCCAUGAAGGAGCAUGUGAUCCCCCAUGAAGGACCGUGUGAUCCCCCCAUGAAGGAGCAUGUGAUCCCCCAUGAAGGACCGUGUGAUCCCCCCAUGAAGGAGCAUGUGAUCCCCCAUGAAGGACCGUGUGAUCCCCCCAUGAAGGAGCAUGUGAUCCCCCAUGAAGGACCGUGUGAUCCCCCCAUGAAGGAGCAUGUGAUCCCCCAUGAAGGACCGUGUGAUCCCCCCAUGAAGGAGCAUGUGAUCCCCCAUGAAGGACCGUGUGAUCCCCCCAUGAAGGAGCAUGUGAUCCCCCAUGAAGGACCGUGUGAUCCCCCCAUGAAGGAGCAUGUGAUCCCCCAUGAAGGACCGUGUGAUCCCCCCAUGAAGGAGCAUGUGAUCCCCCAUGAAGGACCGUGUGAUCCCCCCAUGAAGGAGCAUGUGAUCCCCCAUGAAGGACCGUGUGAUCCCCCCAUGAAGGAGCAUGUGAUCCCCCAUGAAGGACCGUGUGAUCCCCCCAUGAAGGAGCAUGUGAUCCCCCAUGAAGGACCGUGUGAUCCCCCCAUGAAGGAGCAUGUGAUCCCCCAUGAAGGACCGUGUGAUCCCCCCAUGAAGGAGCAUGUGAUCCCCCAUGAAGGACCGUGUGAUCCCCCCAUGAAGGAGCAUGUGAUCCCCCAUGAAGGACCGUGUGAUCCCCCCAUGAAGGAGCAUGUGAUCCCCCAUGAAGGACCGUGUGAUCCCCCCAUGAAGGAGCAUGUGAUCCCCCAUGAAGGACCGUGUGAUCCCCCCAUGAAGGAGCAUGUGAUCCCCCAUGAAGGACCGUGUGAUCCCCCCAUGAAGGAGCAUGUGAUCCCCCAUGAAGGACCGUGUGAUCCCCCCAUGAAGGAGCAUGUGAUCCCCCAUGAAGGACCGUGUGAUCCCCCCAUGAAGGAGCAUGUGAUCCCCCAUGAAGGACCGUGUGAUCCCCCCAUGAAGGAGCAUGUGAUCCCCCAUGAAGGACCGUGUGAUCCCCCCAUGAAGGACCAUGUGAUCCCCCAUGAAGGACCAUGUGAUCCCCCAUGCUCCUCAAAGCUGAGUGAGGCCAGCCCGCCCCCUGCGCCAGCCCUGCGCUCCAGGUAA